AUGGCGGGUUUGGGGCUCAAGCGGUUUAGGGUUCUUCACAUUCUUCUCCGGGGAUGGCCGCCACCGCCAUCGCUAGCGCCAUCGUCAUCGCCAUCGCUAUCGCGCAAGGUAUCGAUCUGCAAGUGUAGCAUUUCCUUCUCUACAUCUGGCAAUCCGCCGCCGCCUCCUGCGCCGCUCGCGAUCGCCUCGAUCGCUCCCUUGCGGCCGACGCUUUCGGUCAUGGAAUGGACUUGCAGCCGAUGCACGCUUCUCAACAGCGCCGGCGAUGCGUGCGCGGUUUGUGAGCAACCGCGGAAGGAAGAGGCCGCGAGUGAAAUGCCGGGUCUGGAUUCGUGGAACUGCCCGGCGUGCACGUUUCUCAGCCCCGGAUCGAUGCCUCGCUGCGGUAUGUGUGACACUGAGAAGCCCCUGGAUCAAGACCCUCCGGUAGUGACCAAAGAGAUCACGGCAAAAGAGGAGGUGAUUUUGGAGCCGAGCUCCAAGAGGCAGAGAGUGGACGAGCCACAGCCAUCGUCCGAGGAAGAGGAAGGCCAGGCCGCGGCUCCUGUCAAUCCAGGGCAGUCCUCAAACGCUCUCCUUCGCGAGCUCCAUAUGGAAAGAAUGUCGAGGAAGAACUCCAUAGCUUCUUCUGCUGGUGUGUCAACUUCUUCCACUUCCAAGAACAUUGUCAGCGACAGUAUCGUUUUUAUGACGUACAACGUCUGGUUUCGUGAGGAUCUCGAGCUGGAGCGAAGAAUGGAAGCGAUCGGAGAGCUUAUCAGACAGCACCAACCUCACGUCAUAUGUUUCCAGGAAGUUACUACCAGUAUCUAUGCGAUUUUCCAGCGAUCGAACUGGUGGAGUGGAUACAGAUGCUCGGUUAGCUCAGAGCUCGCGGCAAAGCGAGCUUACUUUUGCAUCCAGCUUAGCAAGCUACCGAUAGACAAGUUCUACCGCAAUCCCUUCCACAACACGAUCAUGGGAAGAGAACUCUGCCUGGCGGACAUCGAUUGCGGCAACAGCACGCAGCUGGUCGUGGCAACAACGCAUCUGGAAAGCCCGUGUCCAGCGCCCCCGAAAUUCGAUCAGAUGUUUAGCGCCGAGCGCGUUGCACAGAUGAAGGAGGCGCUCGCAACGCUCAAGCCGCUGCCAAACGUUGUCUUUGGAGGAGACAUGAACUGGGACGACAAGCUAGACGGUCAGCCUCCUCUCGAGAAUGGCUGGAUGGACGCAUGGACACAACUCCGCGCAAAGGAGCCUGGACUAACUUACGACGCAAAGGCCAAUCCCAUGCUCACUGGAAGCAGGCUACAGAAGCGUUUGGAUCGAGUGUUCUACCAUUUCCGCGACUUUGAGGUGGAAAGCAUCGAGAUGAUCGGGACGAAACCGAUUCCAGGCUUGACGUUUGAGAAGGAGACGAAGAAAUCGUUGCUCAAGCUCCCGGUUUUACCCAGCGAUCACUUUGGUUUGGUUCUCAAGAUUCGCAAGAAGUAGUCGGCAUUCCUUGGAUACAUUGAUUGGCAAAUCAGUGGAUUCUAAGGAUAUUCUUGAUUUGUGCUCUUUAGGAUUUAAAAUAGAUUCUAUUUUAAUCUGAGGAUUAUUAUUGUGAAA